AUCUGAUUUCAUUACCAAAAAGUAUUGACUGUGAUGAUCAAAUUUUUGUUAAUCAAGAGUCGUCCAUAAAUCCAACUUCCGUAGCAAAACAAGCAGGAUUCUUUACGGUAGAGCCUCAUGCCGAUAUUGGAUGCUUUUAACCCUCUUAAAAUACAACAAAAAAAAUAUUUAAAUAGGUAAAAUAAAUCAUUUCUGAUAUACAUCGGACGACACUUGAAAAAUAUAGCAGUAAUCCAACGGUUGAAAAACGUGGCGUAUAUUUCAGGUCCCACCGUACAAAUUUCUGAACAGGUAACCCUAACUAGUCAUACAUAGUACUAUUAAAGGCUGCUUUCUAGGUAGUUUUUCUCACAAACUCUUCUCUCUCUUCUUCUCCUUCUAACUUCCUAUAUCUCCCCAUCUUUUUUUUUUUUUUUUUUCUGCUGGGUGUAUUGGAAUGCGUUUCGUAUUUGGAUUUUAUCAACCAUGACCAACGUACCAAUGUCUCUUAGGUAUUCUUCACUGGCUCUAUUCAAGCAAUUAGCCAUCCCAGCCUCAGACCCUUGGCCUUUUUCUUCCGUUUUCUUGUAAGAUUUUCUCAAGCGAGAGAAAAAGAAAACAAGGAAAGGAAAUUAAGGAAAAUCAAAUCCAAACCCACCUUUUGAUUUCCUUUCCUCCUUCUUCGCAUUUUUUUUUCUCUCUCUUUUUUCCUGUUUUUCUCACAGAUAAGAUAAUAUACCAUGGGAAGUGGAGAGAAAAGUACUCUACGGAAUUUCCACCUGCACCUGCCUCAUCUCCAUCACCAUCAUCACCACCAUCACCAUCAUCAUCAUCAUCAUGGAACGAAGAAGCAGAUGAUCAGAGAUAUUCCGAAAGGGUGUUUGGCAGUGAAGGUGGGCCAGGGUGAGGAACAACAGAGGUUUGUUGUGCCUGUGAUGUACUUCAAUCACCCGCUGUUUAUGCAGCUGCUGAAGGAGGCAGAGGAAGAAUAUGGGUUUGAUCAGAAAGGCACAAUCAUAAUCCCAUGCCACGUGGAGGAGUUUAGGUACGUCCAGGGUAUGAUUGACAGGGAAAAAUCCCUCCAUCACCACCACCAUCAUGUUGGCUGCUUAAGCUUUAGGGUUUGAUGUUUUGAUGAUCAUCAUGAAUAGAAGAUAAAUUCUGAGAUCUUGUAAAUCUUUAGAGUUUUUAUUUUUCUUCUUUUGGGGUUCGGUUUUUUUUUUUUUUUUUCCUAUUUAGUUGGAUGAUGAUGAUGAAAAAGUGAUGUCUUGAUGACGGAGAAAAAUGUUAUGAGAAAAAAUAAAAUAAAAAAUUUA